AUGGCAACAAACUUGCCAAUAACAUUGAAAUUUCUACAUUUAACUUCAAAUAAACGUUCAUUGAAGAUGGGAAUAUGGAUAUUGCUUUCGAAGACAUCAAACAAAGCUAACAGAAUGGUGGCUUCAAUAUCCUAUCUUUUAAAAUUAAAUGGAUUCUUAGGGUGGGUACUUCAAGCAGUCAGUCAAAGGUAUGAUGGAGGCAUAAUGGAAGACUUAAAACCAACCGAAUUGGACAAGCUAUUCCAACAAUCCUCAUGGGAGUAA